AUGGCAGUCGUGUCAGAUGAUGAGAUUCCGUCAGAGCGAGAGAUCUACAUAUCAGACACCACCAGGACUGAUGACGACGAUUUUCAGCCCUUCGCGCUACCAGACGUCGGAGUUGAGCCUGCUGAUGGCCUUCCUGCCGGGGAUUUACCUAUUCCGGUGAUCCCUGCUCCUAUACCGCUUGCUGCUUUUCCAGCAUUCGACAUGCCACUCGAUGUCGUUUCUGACGACGACAUUGAUCUAUUCGAGGCAGGCCCACCUGAGGCUGACUAUGAGGGCGGGGCCCCUAUUGCUGCUGAUGUUAUUCUACCGAUUGCUGAGGCCCCUGCAGAGGAGCUUCCUGCUGGUUCACCUGUCCCAGAUUCCUUUGAGUCUGUGGCAUCUGCGUCCUUACACACUCAGGGAGUGCAGCAUCACUCUUCAGACGCCGACCCUGACAUGGUGUUGUCAGCUGCACCCGGUCCCGCACACGACUUCGAGUUCGACCACAAGGAUAUCGAGUUCAUUCACCUGGACCAGCCCUUAGAGGCACCUAUAGCUCCUGUUGAGCCUUUGUUUGAUAUCCCUGCUGAUUUUGAUAUGGAUCUUGUUGAUCCUGAGCCAGUCAUGGCCCUUGAGCCAGUCGUUGCUCCUGAUCCUGCACUAGAGCAUGACCCUGUUCAUGAUGAUGCUCCAGCCAUUGCACCACUUGUUGACGAUAUACCCAUUGCGGACCAACCCGUUCUUGCUCCACUGUUGGUAGGUGAUCCUGUUGUUGAUAUACCGUUACCUGAUCCCAUGCCGGUACUGUUUGACCGUGCACCUUUUGCUGCUCAUAUAGAUCCACGUUACGCCGACACCCACAACGGGUGGAUUGAUGACGAUGACGAUUGCCCACCAUUUGUGCGACCUGUCACUCCCCCAGUAGCACCCGUGUCUGCACCCACUGAUAUCCCAUUGCUUCCCCCACACACCACAGACGCUCAUCGUACUGAUCUUCCCAUUACGUUCCUCCAGGACAUACCGCCACCUCGUCCUGGAGAGGGGUCAUCUAGGCAGCCGCUUGUUUCUGCUCCACCCGUAUUCCCAUCACCUUUUCCAUUCACAUCUCAGUUCCCUCAUGUUGCACCACCUACUGCACCAUCUUUCACACCACAGAGCGAGCCAUUUUUAUGGAAUACGCCCCCUAUCAUCCCCUUGUCUGAUUCGUACCACCCGUACCAUGUUGGGUACUCUACGGAGGACAUACUUACAUCUUUGAUGAUACAGCAGGAGGCACUGACCCGUCGUAUACAGGAGUUGGAGAGAGCUCCAUGA